AUGCCGUCUUCAGUGGAGUUUGUCCUGCACCAGGCCGUGGAGAUUGCAUUCGUCACCCUGCUCGCCUUCUUGGCGUCCUUUGUGCCUCUAAGAGCAGUCGGCUUCACCCUUCUCGCCAUCGUCUUGUUAAUUUGUGGUUAUCGAAUGUUGAAGAUGGCAUUGACGAAGCGAGUCUCUUUGGAGGGCAAAGGCGUCUUUAUAACUGGCUGUGAUACAGGGUUUGGGAACUCUCUAGCCCGUCGGCUGGCGUCUCUGGGGUUUCGAGUGUUUGCCGGAUGUUACCGCCCCGACGACGAGGAGGCUCAGGCCCUGAAGGCUUCAUGCGGAGAAGCCCUACACAUCAUACCACUUGAUGUCUCCUCUGACAGCAGUGUGACCCACGCCGCCAAAUAUGUCAAGGAACAUUUGGGAGAAGGGGGUUUGUGGGGCGUGGUAAAUAACGCAGGUCAGAACGUGUGUGGAGAGGCGGAGCUCUGUACCAUGGAUAUGUAUAAACGAAUCAUGGAUAUUAACAUGUUUGGAGCCGUGCGAGUUACAAAAGCCUUUCUACCAAUGAUAAGACGUUCCAAAGGUCGAAUUCUAAACGUGAGCAGCGUAAAUGGUCGAGUGGGUAUUCCUCGGAGAGCCCCCUACACCAUGAGUAAAUACGCCCUAGAAGGAUUCUCAGAUGUUCUCAGGUUAGAGAUGAGACAAUGGGGGGUGAAGGUCAUCCUCAUAGAACCCGGGAGUUUCGGAGGAUCAACAGCCAUUCUGAGGAACAGUAAUCUGGAGAGAAUAAAGAACGAAGUGAACACAAUGUGGGAGGAGGCAACUGUGGAAGUCAAAGAGGAUUAUGGGAAAGAUUAUCACUUUGACGUGGUAUCUUCCAUAAGUCGCGCAAUCGCCAAGGCUCCCAGCUCUUUUGCAUCGGUCAUUAAUGCCAUGGAGGAUGCUCUAUUGACAGAGGACCCUAAAACUCGCUACCUGAUUGGAGGAGGCAAAGGCUUAUACGAUAACUUUAAGGUGUCAGUGGUGCUGAGAAUGAUUUUACCUGAUGUGUUAACAGACCUUCUGAUUGACCGGUUCAUCUGGAAAAGAUCGCUGAGGCCGCGGCUUCUGAGAAACCAGUGAUCUGAGUUUCCCUUGUAAUCUAGAGGGGGGUUGGGUGUUGGGAUAACCCAUUCCAUAGCAUACGUACGUAGUACAUGGGCGGGAGAUUGGAAACAUAUCGAACAUCAUCUUGAACAUCAUCUUGAACGAUCAUGAUCAUCACUAAACGGAAUUAUACGGUGCAUCCAUGUUGUACUCUUUACUGUAAGCCUUCAUGUCUACAGUGAUCUACAGAAAUCAUUCGGGAUAUAUUUCAUCAAGAGUAAACUUUCUAACGAAAGAGAUUGUUAUUGUCUUGUUAUAUCGCUUAAUUACAAAUGAACAAACAUUCAGGAAAAUAAUUAAUAGAACUCCAUCAGUCAAGCUCUUAACACCUAGGACAUCAAUGUGAUGGUUAGAAUGAAAAUUUUUGGGCAAAGUAUACGUGUAUAUGGGUAUAAAAUUGAUUAUUGAUGUAAAUUAAAAUAUAUUGUCACAAAUAUGAUGUCAGUGAGCAUCAGCUGGUUAGCUCAGCGAAAUGACCCAGGCGUCUCUCACCAAUACUGUCGCUGUGAAUUCAAGUCCAGCUCAUUCUGGCUUCAUCUCUGGCCGUACGUGUGAAGGUCCGCCAGCAACCUGCGGAUGGCCGUGCGUUUCUCCCGGGCUGUGCCCGGUUUCCUCCGACCAUAAUGCUGGCCGCCGUCGUAUAAGUGAAAUAUUCUUGAGUACGGCGUAAAACACCAAUCAAAUAAAUAAAUAAAUGAGCAUCACUGCUUAUCUUAAUCUAUCUGGCAACAUGUCUGUAAUGCCUAAAAUAAACAACGUUCCAAAUGAGCGGCACGAUGCAUUUAUGGUUUAAGGAGUUUGCAACAAGUAAUUAAACCUUCGGAUCGCCACCAUGUGUUUACUUUGGUCAAUUGUCGUUAUUCUUCAGAAUACCAUCAGGUUGGUAAUAAAGCGCUCACUGCUUUUACAACUUUGUCCAGUUCUUUUAUAUUUUUGGGAUGGGGUCCAGAACGUGAUUUUUCAGUUACGACAAUGCGA